AACAUGAUGAGAUGCAAGAUAUACACAUAUAUACAUUAAUGUAGCAUGUGGUGCGACCAUUUUGAUUAUACGCCAACAAAUUACUGUUUACAGGUAGGCCUACCGCCGGCGCCCUGCAUUUCAGAAACUCGCCAGUUUUAAGCUGAGACUGCAAGCUUUCGCCUGCCCUCACAAUGAGCGACGUAGACAUCAAAAGUGGCGGGAAAAAGUGCCCAUUAGGCUUCAGCAGCGGCGGUGAAGGCAGCCGUGGGCACAGCAGUUGUCCUUACGGGUUUGGCCGCCAAUCUCACGGUCAUGGUCAUGGCAUAGGGCACGGUGGCCUAGGCCACUGCCCAUUCUUACACGCACAAGGGCAUUCUGGCCAUGGCUAUUUUGGCCACGGGCUUGGAGGCCACCAUGGCUUUGAUCACCAUGGAAUUAGUCCAAUUCUACAGUGCCCGUGGAUGAUCGCUCGCAUGCAUGCCUGCCCUUGGGCCUGGGGCGUUAGCUCCGACCACCACGGCAGACAUCAUGGCUGCAAGAGGGGUGAUUUCUGUGUGUCUUUGAAAGUGACUGAAUACUGCUCAGAGGAUCUGGAGGUCAAAGUGGUGGGACAAGAGGUAAUUGUCCACGGAAAGCAUGGCCUUCGCCCUGAUCAUCCAGGUGAUUUAGGCACCGUGACCAGGGAAUUUACCCGUUGCUACCCGUUGCCAGAUGAAAUCGAUAUAGAGACAGUGACCUCCUCCCUGAAUAACCACGAGCUGAUCAUCACUGCCACCAAGAAAGUAGCCGAGGGAGAGCCUCGUGUUGUCCCCAUCCAGGUGGGCGAAGAGCAUAGUGAUUGAAGACCGAAAGGUAUGGAGGAUGGGCCAAGAUGUUAAUGUACCCCACCACGCCUCCUCCAUCAUACUUCCUCUCUUCACAUCAACCCCCUCUAGACCCCCAUCCUUUCCAUACAAUUCUUCGUUUUUAUCAUCCCAGACAGAAAAUGCACUGGAAUCAAAGGUAGCAUAAUUGAAGGAUCAGAAAGAUACUGUCAAAAUUUUGUCAAUGAAUCAUACAUCAAUAUGAGGAUUAAAUAGGGUACCGAAGAGAAUAUAUACGUCACACGUUACACGAAUCAAUAAGAUAGAUGAUCAAUUAAUAGAUGAAGAAAAAUAGUCACAUUUCAAACAGAUAAGGAAAAUCAGUAUACCACGGAGGUAAUUUACCCUGACCAAAUCUACAUCAGGAAGAUUAUCUAAUUGAUCAUUCAUCGAAAGGAAUGUUUUCAAGGUCUCUUACCCUUUUUUAAAUUCAUAAAUGUUUUACCCUUCUACUUGUGGUAUGUAUUUUUGGUAUGGAGUAUCAAUAGGAAAAAAGAAUGAAAACAGAAAAUGUCAGUUUACUACUGCAGAUUCUCAAGUACCGCGGAGCAUACCUGAAAAAGUACUAUGGAUUAGACGGACUGGUUUAACAAGUUGCUUAUGUAGCUGAGCUGAGUAUAUUAACUACCAUCUUUUUAUCCUGCAGAAGUUAUAGUACAAGCAUGGUGAGACCAUUUUAUUGUCAGAAUAGUAAGCGUUAAUAGAACAAUAAAUGUCAAUCUUUGCAAGCCUCGUGGAACAUGCCCCUAAACGUACAGUAGAUUACAAAGACUGAUGUAAUAGAUUGCGAACUGGUAUCAAACUUUUGCAUAAGACCAUCAUUUUAGUCUGGAAUAGUUUUUCAGAAGCCUAGUGUGAUUUGGUUUAUUAUCAGUUUCACAGUUAGAAAUGCUUUGCUUGAAGUUAUGAAACUGGGGAUUGAGAAGUCUACAGUGUGUAGUCUGACGCGGAAAAUAACAUUUCAAGGCUAUGUAUGGUGUGCUGACAGCUUUGCAUCCAGAUUACAAAGUGUCUCGUUCUAUGGAAAGCAAAAGGCAAUAUUGUGCUGGUGGAAAAUAAAACUUACUUGUGCUCUUGGAUUAUUUUGAAUGAAGGAGAAACGAUUUAUAUCAAAGCAAACUACUUUGAAGCUCUCAUUGUUAAAAAGUACUGCCACGAUAAAGCCUCAUUGAAUUUUGUAGUUUUUGCAGUUAAUGUCAAUGAUUGUGCAUUUUAUGCCGUUUUACUACAAAAUAAAACUUGCAAAAUUA